AUGAAUUCUCUAGUUAUUCAAACCACAAUAGUAUUAGUCUCUGUUAUAUCAGUUUCUAUCGUUCAUGCCGGAAAUAUUCCCGCGGUUAUAGCGUUCGGAGAUUCAAUUCUCGAUACAGGCAACAACAAUUAUCUCAUGACUCUAACUAAGGUUAAUUUCUAUCCCUAUGGAAGAGAUUUUGUAACUCGAAGAGCCACAGGAAGAUUUGGCAAUGGAAGAAUUCCUACAGAUUUGAUUGCCGAAGGUUUGGGAAUAAAGAAUAUUGUACCAGCUUAUCGUAGUCCAUUCCUUGAACCCAAUGAUAUCUUAACCGGUGUUAGUUUUGCUUCUGGUGGUUCCGGUUUAGAUCCAAUGACCGCCAGAAUUCAGGGAGUUAUUUGGGUACCAGACCAGUUAAAUGACUUCAAAGCUUACAUAGCAAAGCUGAAUAGCAUCACAGGAGACGAAGAGAAAACAAGAUCAAUCAUAUCGAAUGCAGUUUUUGUCAUUUCCGCUGGGAAUAACGAUAUUGCCAUCACAUAUUUCACAAAUCCGAUAAGAAACACUCGAUACACUAUCUUUUCAUACACUGACUUGAUGGUUUCAUGGACUCAAUCAUUCAUAAAGGAAUUAUAUAAUUUGGGAGCAAGAAAAUUCGCGAUUAUGGGAACAUUACCAUUGGGUUGCUUGCCGGGAGCAAGCAAUGCUCUUGGAGGUUUAUGUCUAGAACCCGCAAACGCAGUGGCUAGACUCUUUAAUAGGAAGUUAGCGGAUGAAGUCAACAACCUCAACUCGAUGCUCCCAGGUUCUCGUUCGAUAUACGUCGACAUGUAUAAUCCUCUCCUCGAACUUGUCAAAAACCCUCUAAGAUCAGGAUUUAUCUCGCCAACUAGACCUUGUUGUUGUGCUCCGGCGGCUCCCAUACCGUGCUUGGAUGCGUCUCGUUAUGUGUUUUGGGACAUUGCACAUCCAUCGGAGAAAGCUUAUCAGACAAUUAUUCCUCCGAUUAUCCAACAAAUUCAACAAAGCUUCGCUUGA